CCAAUCUAAAUAAAAAAGUCUUGAGUUUAGAUUUAAAAAGUACUACAAAUUUUACUUCUCCUCUCUCCUGUUCUGUCCUCCUAUCUCUGGCCGAGGCAGCUGAUUGGUCGAGAGCUCUGACGCGUUGCUGGUGUCGUGUUUACAUUUUGUUCCUUCAUCCUCUGACGGUUUGUUUUAUCACCUGCGUGCAUCUGACAGCGAGAGAGGAUACAACUCAGAGAGACGCUGCAGCCGCGGAGCAGCAUCACCGGAGAGAAACCCGCCUGUCACGGUUAACGGUGACGCUGCUGUUUCUCUUUAAGGUCCGUCAGUCUGAUAAUUAUCUGACUUUGAAGGAGCUUCUUCUGUAUCUGUAUCUGUCCUCCAACAUCUUCUGGUCGCAGACAUGAGCGGAAGAGUCGGAGACCUCAGUCCGAAACAGGCUGAAGCACUGGAGCAGUUUCGAGAGAGGAUACAAGACAUUCUUCCUCAACUUCCUGCACAGCAUGACCACUUCCUGUUACGCUGGCUCAGAGCCAGAAACUUCAACAUCCAGAAGUCGGAGGCCAUGCUGCGAAAGCAUGUUGAGUUCAGGAAACAGAUGAAAGUAGACACAAUAACCGAAGACUGGCGUCCACCAGAGGUGAUAGAGAAGUAUCUGUCAGGAGGGAUGUGUGGUCACGACCGCGAGGGCAGUCCUAUCUGGUACGACGUCAUCGGACCCAUGGAUCCUAAAGGCCUCUUCCUGUCCGCCGCCAAGCAAGACUUUAUCAAGUCCAAGAUCAAAGACUGCGAGGUCCUGCAGAAGGACUGUGCCCUCCAGUCGCAGAAGCUUGGGACGAACGUGGAGGCGAUCACCAUGAUCUACGACGUAGAAGGUCUGGGUCUGAAACACUUAUGGAAGCCUGCUAUAGAAACAUAUGGAGAGAUCCUCCAGAUGUUUGAAAACAACUACCCAGAAGGCUUGAAAAGGCUGUUCGUCAUUAAAGCACCCAAACUCUUUCCUGUGGCCUACAACCUCGUCAAGCACUUUCUGAGUGAGAACACAAGACAGAAGAUCUAUAUCCUCGGGGCUAACUGGCAGGAGGUUUUACUGAAGUACAUUGAUCCAGAGGAGCUGCCGGCGAUAUACGGCGGUAAACUGACGGAUCCAGAUGGAGAUCCUCGCUGUCGGACCAGGAUAAACCACGUGGGCCCAGUUCCCCCCUCCUACUACGUGCGGGACCACGUUAAGGUGGACUACGAGCGGUGUAUGACCGUCAGCCGAGGUUCCUCCCAACAGCUGGACUACGAGAUCCUGUUCCCGGGCUGCGUUCUCAGGUGGCAGUUUGCCACUGAGAGUGCAGACAUUGGCUUUGGGGUGUUUCUGAAGGCUAAAAUGGGCGAGUGGAAGAAGGCAGGUCAGAUGCAGGAAGUCGUCCACAGCCAGCGUUACAACUCCCACUUAGUACCCGAGGACGGAUCACUGACCUGUGAAACCCCAGGAGUCUAUGUUCUGAGAUUUGACAACACUUACAGCAUCUUCCAGGCCAAAAGAAUCAGCUUCACCGUCGAGGUCCUUCUCCCAGACCGCCUACAGUCCCCACAGAACAAUGAGGGGUCCAAAAACUGUACAAGUACAAGUGUACAAGCUGAGGCCAGCAGCCAAUCAUAACCAAGAGGAUGAAACAACAUGCCACUUCAGUGUUGUCACAUCAGUAAAGUGUAGCCGCCACUCGUAAGCACAGCCUGAGAGACUUGAGUUUAACAGGAACUUUAACAUGCUGCCAAGUAUUUAACCCAUGUCAAGAUCUGACUGUUUGACCCUUUAAUCAUCUCUAAUGACGACCUUAUUCACACGCUGUCCAUUUGGAAACAUUUAUGAAACAAAAAAGGAAGGAAAAGGUUUGAAUAUUUCCCUUUUCUGCUGCAGCUUCUGGAGAAUUCAAACCUUAAAUACGUGCUAUAAAGGUUUGGUGAAUCAAAGCAGGGACAAAUAAUAUUACUGGAAGUAUGUGAACAACCCAAACACAUCAUUUUGUGCACUUUAGGUCUUGUUUUUUUGGGUAAGGUCUCUUAAUUCCAAUUCACAGAAAUCGUAAUGCUUCAACAUACAAUAUUUUAGACAACAGUGUGCUUCCAACGUUGUUGAUACCGUUUGUGGAAAGUCUUCAAAGUUUCAAUACGACAACAAAGCCAGGUCCCAUGAAGAGAUGGUUUUGAUGUGGAGGUACUUGACUGACCUGCACAGAGCCCGGACUUCAACACCUUCAGGAUGAACUGGGACACCGACAUUAUCACCCAACAUCAGUGUUGGACCUCACCAAAGCCUGAAACCAGAGUAGAGGCUAUUAUAGGAGCAGAUUAAUGCUCAUCAUUGUGGAAUGAGAUGUUCAACAUAUCACAUAUGGGUGCAAUGUUUGGGUGUCCACAUACUUCUGGCCAGAUGUUGUAGCUUCACAUUUAAAGGGCGGGUCCUUUUUUUCAAAAGAAAAACUCACUCACUCAGCCGUUUGCAAAAAGCAGUGAUGAAGGUUACACAGUAAGCUCAUCAAUAAGGUUAUGAACAAUGUGAAUGUUAGCACUAGCUGAGUCAAGUUUAGAAUUAACUGAAAGGGCUAAUUCGGAUUUUUUAUUUUUUUGGUGGGGUUGUAUGUAAACUCCCGUGUUCUAUGAGGUAAAAUUACUGUUUUGGUGAAUGUAGUCUGGUGGCUUUGAAGAGAGCGCUAUAACUGCUUCAGUUCUGACGGCCAGGUAAAGCGGCUGUGGACGGGAACAGCAGAAAGAUUUAUUUUAG